AUGAAUUUUAAUACUAUAAAUAUGAUAAUGAAUCGGGGAUUUUUGAAUCCAUAUAAUUGUCGGUAUGAUUUUAAUUUCCGGUAUCCUCAAUUGUACGAAGAACCAUUUGUUAGAUUUCGUUAUUUAUAUGACUGCUAUCCUUUUUAUCACAAUUCUUAUCUACGGACCGAUCAUCAUGUAAUAAAUUCACCAUCAUUUUGGGAAAAACGAUAUCAAGUUUUGUUGGGUUUCAAAUCUAUCUCUUUUAAUGUGAAGGUAAAAACUGUUGGAAAAAAUACGCAAUGGUUCAAGCCACUUAUUACUGUCUCAUAA